AUGUUGAGGACGGCGUGCCUGAUUGUUCUCCUCCCAACUGUGAAGAUACUUUGCAAAGACUCUGCCAAGCUCGUGCAAGCCGCUAGCAUCACCAACAUUGACAACCAAGAUAAAUAUUUGCCCGAAGAUAUUAGCAAGGAAAGACGUAUUCCCGUCUCCAUUGAGCGGGAAGUCGCCAUCCUGAAGCUUAUACAGCAUCCUAACAUCACGCGACUCUACGAUAUCUGGGAGAAUCGACGUCAAAUUUAUAUUGUCUUAGAGUAUGUUGAUUACGGCGAUUUGUAUCAAUACAUCACGACAAAUGGGCCCCUUUCCGAAGUUAAUGCCGCGCGCCUCUUCCGUCAGCUUAUGAGCGCAGUCUCGUAUUGCCAUGCCCUAAAGAUUUGUCACCGGGACCUCAAGCCGGAAAACAUUCUCGUGAGCUCCGAGGGUCAGAUCAAGAUUGCCGACUUUAGGAUGGCGGCGCUGCACCAGACCACGAGCCACCGACUUUCCACGUGUUGCGGGAGCCCUCACUAUAUUGCUCCCGAGGUGCUCUCAGGAAGCCGUAUAGCGGAUAUCAAUCCGACAUUUGGAGCAUGGGUGUCAUCCUGUGAUCUAAGUGAGGAGUACGGUCAGCUCUCUGAUACUCGGAAAAUACUUGAAUCCAAGGCCGUCAGACCAAGUGAGAUUGAUCUUGAGCUCGUUCGCCAGCUGCGCGCUCUCUGGCACACCUUCACCGAGGAGGAGCUGAAGGUCUCUUUGGCAAGUGACGAGGCAAACGAUCAAAAGGUCUUUUACCACCUGCUUCAAAAGUAUCGAGAGCGCCAGCUAGAAGAUUUUGAUCCGGAUAUCGCCCAUGCUCAGAGUGACUACCAUCACUUAAAACCCUCAACAUGGAGAAAGAAGAAGGUCACCCGCGAGUUCACCAACGACGACGGGGAUGGUAUCAACAAAAGCGUUUCUAGGAUUACCAUCGUGUCCAGUGUUGCUGACAUAGAUGAGGACUCCAUCGAUACGUAUGAUCCCUUCAAUGCUCAGCAUACCCCCAUCGAGAGGCGGGUUUCACAAAUCAGCCGCGACGGUCCUACCCUGCGAGUUGCCAAAAGGCGAUCCGCAGGAGUCGCGGCUGCACGAGAAGCGAUCACCGACGAAGAGGUCCGGAAGGUCAGUCUUGGUCUUGCCCAGGAUUGUGAUGAAGCAUUUGGAAGCUCUUUGGUCCUUGAGACACCUCAUGAUGGCGGCGACGGUAAAGAUUGUGAUGCGUCAGCCCCGGUUCUGAGGACCCCGGAAAGCGCAAGUUUUCCUGUAGACACAGACUCAUCGGGCACGGACGAGCCUCAGUGGAGCUACCGCCCGCUCCCAGACCUACCAUCUGUGUUUGAAGAGUCGCCCAUCGCUUCCCUAACUCGCAAAUUCCGACCCGCAGGUGCGUCGCUCAAGAUUGCAGAAGCCGGGGUAACACCCCGCGACACGUCCGAGGGAAAGGGUCUCGAUUACCUCUCACGCGUCGAAAGGACUAUUCGGGUCGUCAUACCCACGCCCAAGACCAAUCCUUUCCGAAGAGACUCCAAGCAUAGCAGCGGACUUCAGAUGGACCGCUCAGUGGGCCGGUCCGACUACGAUGACUUAGAGCCGCUUGUCAAGGCGAAGGGAGAGGCUGCCGAGUAUGGCCAUUACGAGCUGGUGGAAAAACGCCCACGGGAGAGCGAGCUCGCAGGGCGGCGGCAUGCUGAGCCGCAAAGCAAAUGGCUCGCCCGCCUCUUCCGGGUCAAGCCGGUAGUGGACCACAUCUGCCUAACUAUGUCGCACAAAAAGGCACGAAAGGAGACGAUGACCAUUUUCCAGGAAUGGCAGAAGUAUGGCAUUGAGGAUCUAAAAGUUGACGCGGAGCGACACAUGAUGUUUGCCCGUGUUGGCCGCCAAAAUUUUAUCCAAGUUGCUGACACGAAGGCGGCCGAUAAGAUCUCCGGCUGA